GCGCUGGAUCUCCAGGUUCUGACUCAACGAGAACAUUGUGUGAAAAACCAAACCCUCGAAAAUGAAGCUCUUCAUCGCUACCCUUAUCUACGCCCUCGUGGCAUGCGGUGUUUUCGCUGAGGAAGCUGACAAAGAAGAAAAGGUUGAAGGACGUGGAGGCCUUCUGGGUGGUGGUCUCGGAGUCGGUAGCUAUGGUAGUGGUGUGGGACCUGGUCUCGUCGGCGCUGGUCUCAGAGGUGCAGGCAUCGGAGCAGCUGGUCUCGGAGGAGCUGGUCUUGGCUACGGGGGUGCUCUUGGAGGAGCUGGUCUUGGCUACGGCGGUGGUCUCGGCAACGGCCAGGGAUUCCAGUCCGGCUAUGGCUCUUCGGCUGGUGGCCAGCAAGGUGGAUACCAAGGUGGCGCCAGCGGACACAACCAGGGAUCCGUGGGCUUUGGCAGUGGUGCUGCCCACAGGAACGUGAAUGCCUACAAACACAACCAGGGGUACAGCCACACUUCGGGAUUCUCAGCCAGCGAAAGCAAGAACUUCGGUUCCGGACGUAACCAGGGUUCUAUCGGGUUCGGCAAAGGAGCUGCAGGUCACCAAGGAGGGUAUGGACAGUCGACGUACGGACAAAACGCCGGUUCUGGCUUCGGUGGAGGAUACCUCGGGUAGAACUGACACUUAAUAAAGUUUUUUUCUGCGAUAUA